AUGGAUCGUUGUAUCAGUCAACUCGCUACGGACGGGAACAAUCGAUCUCGCCAGAUUACCGAUGAACUCGCGUCCUCGAGCCCAAAUACUGCGAGCCGCUCCGUUUGUUCGCCGCAAUCGAUCGAUAACCAAUUGUCAACCAAUCCGGCAAGCCAGAACAACCUACCCGUUUGCAUAGCAAGUCCGCACGUCACGGCAUCUCCCGCGACUGAGGUAAGCUUUCCUACGGGACAGAACGAGGGGGGAGGAUUGGUCUUGGAAGGCGGAUCCUCGUUAUCUGCCCACUCAACGCUGGCAAUAGACUUUCUGGAUAGAGUUGCUGGUGCAGAUCGACGCAAGGGAUAUGAGUUUGAAACACGAGAGCUGUUGGAUUCGCUCCGUCAGAUUGUUCAUGUAACCAAGGCGCAGUCCCUACAUGCAGGAGGUCUCUUUUCUUUUGCGCGGCCUUCUGCUCCUCUGCGACCUAAGCCCGCUACCAUGCCGCCAAUCAAAGUUGCUGCAGCCGCGAUCCGCAGUGCUGAAGAUCGACGUCUAAUUACAUGGCUGUUCCUCAGUGUACUACUGGGUUCCAAGUCUUUAUCGGAUAUAUGCCUGAAAGUAUACUUUUCGGAGGACUUUUCUGACGCGGAAUACAUCAUUUUGAACAUCGCCCUCUAUUGCUUUUUCCGCGAUGAUACUCCUGAGGAACCUGAAGCACCAGAGAAUUACAGGGAGGAAUACAAGCUCUCCUGUCAGCAGAACUUGGAGACUGCUCUUUCGGGGCUAUCCCUACAUAUUAUUCCUAGCCACGACAUGACCUUGGCUCUUCUUUCUGGCGCCAUCUAUGCUAUUGAACUGUCACAACCAUCUAUGGCUUGGACCCUUGUCCUCGCGGCAUAUCAAGGUGCGCACUUUCUUGGUUACCACACUAGGAAACCAGGGUCGUCUGCGUGGUGUGAUACCUCAAGUAACUCCGGUCUCCUGUUCUGGGCAAUCUACUUUCUAGAAAAGACAUUAUGUCUUCGCUUGGGGCGCUGCUCUACAAUUCCCGACUUUGAGAUCACUGUUCCAUUCCCAGGUGGCAGCCCUGCUAUGGACUACUGCAGGAACAUGGUCAAGCUCGCCACCCUAGCUGGAAAGAUUUAUGAGAAGCUGUACAGUGCACAAGCACUUAUUUCACUGAACAAAGAUGGUGCCUUUCGAGUAAUGACGUUGUCUCAGGAACUUGAUGCAAUUCACGAGCAGUCGCAAAAUGCCAUUGUAAGUUGCCAGUAG